AUGUUCUACAACAGGUCCUUCAGCUACAGGCUGCGGGCUGGUCAGAAGGAAGUCGUUCUUGGCUCCAUCAUGUUCCACGUGCGGCGGCGUCCGUCUGACGCUCAGCCCCGUCGUCGUAAGAAGAAGACCAGCGUGAGUACCGGCGGUGGAAGUAGCGCGCGAGCCCUGGAACCCUUCCUAGUGGAGGUCGCUCCUGACGGCUCCGCGCUGGAGAACGGCCGACGGAUAAGGAUCAACGACGUCAUUGAGAUCGGUUCGGGAAAUGGUAACUCGCUGCAGCUUUACGGGCCUUCGAUCCAGGCUCGACACUGUGUAGUGUCCCCGGCUGAGGGCGGAGGGUACACUGUCACUCCCUUACACACGGACGCUCACGUAUACAUCAACGGACGAAGGGCUGUUCAUACACAGCGGUUACAACACAGCUGUCUGCUUAAGUUCGGUCGUGUAUCAACAUUUCGCUUCGUCGAUCCGGCUCAAGAGAAUCUUCUGAACAGAAAUCUUUCACAGUCCCAACAUUUCGGUUCCGGCUCCAUAUAUGAUAGAUCUCCCGGCGACACCAGCGCCGCCAUGUCCCCGGAGGACGCCAACGCCAACCUGGACGGGCUCUCCAACGACACCUACCCGUACAACAACAACACGCUCAAGAACGACAACGACUCGCUCCUCGCGACACACGUGGACAACAAGGACGAGUACAUCGGCAACGAACAGACCGGCUCGCUCUACAACCAGGACACGAGCCGCGCCAACAACACACACUAUAAAGACAAUUAUGAAACUACCUUCGAUCUCGAUGGGAAUGUAGAAACUAAGAGCAUAUGUAGCGCUAAGAGCGGUGGCUCGGGACACGAUAACAGGAGCGUGUGUGGUCGUGGCCAGGAGCCGAUUCUCCCCGCUGUACUGGAGUUCCCUGAGGCUGGUCAAGCUCAGUUCCUCGCAGCCGUCAUCACAAGACUCGACCCUCACGCGCCUGCAUUCAAAUUAGCGCCCGUCUACACAUUAUAUUUAUGUGCGAGAUAUCGCGCCUCCACCCACUACCGACCCGAGUUAACGCCGACCGAGCGAGCCCACAAACUGACCGCCUUCCUACACCACGUCGCCACGCUCAUACAUGCGACAGUACAGGAGAGAUGUGCUGAUUCCGCUGCUCAAGCAUUUUGGAUGGCGAACGCAAGUGAAUUAUUGCAUUUUCUAAAAUGCGAUCGUCAUAUAUCAUCGUUUUCGACACAAGCACAGGAGUUACUACCGAACACUGUACAGAAUGCUUUCAGUAACUUGGUGACCUGUUUCCAAGAGGAGUUGUCUCGUGCGUUAGUGGAGCUGUGUAGCGGGGCGGGGGGCCCCACAGACCCCACGGAGGCCACCGCCCCCACGCUACAGGCGCUGGCCGCCGCUAUGGUACUACUGCGACGGUGUAGAGUCAACGCAGCACUCACCAUACAACUGUUCUCACACCUCUUCCAUUAUAUCAACGCUGUCUGUUUUAAUAAGUUGGUGACCGAAGCCGGCACAGUGAGUGCUCGUUGGGGCAGCGCCUUACAUGCGCGACUCGCGCUAGUAGCGGCCUGGGCUGAGAGACAGGGACUCGAACUGGCCGCUGACUGCCACUUGGCACGGACACACCAGGCUGCUCGUCUUAUAUCCGGUACGUAUCGAAACGCGGAGGAGGUGUGCGGCGCGCUGGGCGCGUGCUUCAAGUUGAACUCGGUUCAGGUCCGCGCGCUGCUCGCCCCCCUCCUGCCCCCGGACCUGGUGGAGGCGGCCGUGCAUCACGCACGCGCACGCGCAGACGAACUGUAUCGAGCUGAUGGACGUGAGAUCACAUUAGAGGAGAGCGUGUGGCUGGGAGCGGCGUUGUUGAUCCCGGGCGACGGGUUCAGCGCGGAGGUGGUCCGCGGCGUGCCGCCCGGCCUGGCGGAGUUCGUGGCCCCGCUGCAGAGAGGCGGCCUGUGUCGACUGGCGCACCAGCCGCACGCGCUCGGUCUCUGGACCGUGUACAUGCACGGGUACGGAGCGCCCGCGCCGCCGCCGCACCACGACACGCACCCGCGGGUACAGAUAGUGCAGCUACACAAGAACUCCAACUCGAUGGGGCUCAGCAUCGUGGCCGCUAAGGGCGCCGGUCAGAGCAAGCUCGGUAUAUAUAUAAAGUCGGUGGUGCCGGGCGGAGCGGCGGCGGCGGACGGGCGCCUAGCGGCCGGCGACCAGCUGCUGUCGGUGGACGGACACUCGCUCGUGGGCAUCACGCAGGAGAUGGCAGCGGAAUACUUAGUAGGAACUGGUCCGACCGUGACGCUCGAGGUCGCUAAACAAGGAGCAGUACUUCACGGUCUCGCAACUCUCCUACAUCAACCGACCUACAGCCAACGGCAAGGAGACGGUCGUCUUUCUUAUUACAAACGUUGUCUAUUAAGAGACGAGACUUCCGAGUCUAGCACUGACGAGACCGAGGAGUGCAGACCGCACUAUCACGGCUCAAUACCUAAACUCAUUAUUACUUUAGACCGUGAAAACAAUCAGUUACAGGAAGACCAAUCUCCAGAGGUAUCUGGAUAUCCCAUGGAUCAUAAAACUGGGCCGGGACCUCUAUAUCCAAUACCAGUGUUCACGUUUACUUGUGAUGAUGAUGACGCGCAAGAGGCGACAGACACCCUACCAGAUACCCAUGUACCUUCUGAAGAACCACCGAUUGUACCAGAACCUCCCGCCUAUUACGAUCAGUCCAGUGAAAGUGGCGAAGCUAUAUUUUUACCGCCAGAAAUGAAACCUAUCGAUACAAAAUUAACGUUAGAUCUUUUCAACGUCAGAACACAUGAAGAAUGUCAUAGACGUCGUUGUACCGGUGUCGAUGAAUGUGUUAGUGCGUGUGAGUGUUGCCGCACGCCGCAGCCGGAGGCUCAACAGAUACCGUUUAUAGAUGAACCUAAUUCAGAGCCUUUAAUAUUCGAAAAUGAUUGCGGUGAGAGUAAAGUAUCGACCCCGAAAAUAAGACGAAUACUUCCGUCCCUCUCUCUAGACUAUACGGAUGAUAAGAAGCCACAGACAGCCGAUGCUAUGUGUCAGACUAUCAAUACUUCUCUAAAGCCACCAAUCAAACCACGUAGUGUUAAUGGCAAGAAGAAGGAUUUGGGUCUAGAUUUAAACAGGGAAAUGAAAAGCAUACAAGGCGUACAUUCUCGAUUACGAAAAACCCUAUUUUCUAUAUCGAAUGUUUCAAGCAGAUCCGAUGAUACAGAUAUUCCGUCCAUUUCAACUUCAGAAACUCUUAACGAUUUGUCAUACGACAUUGCUGUUCAUAGAAAAAUGACCACAAAUCACAUCGAUAUGGAAGUCAAUCCUAUACUAGAUACCUGUGAAAGAAAGUCUUGGAAGUCGCCAGACGAGUACCGGCCGUCGUUUGGUAAAGUGCGAGCUCUAGCGAAACAUUUUAAUCAAAUGAAUCUAAAGUAUUGCGUUAAAAGUUAUAAGCGUAAUUGCAGAUCUAGCCCCAAUUUAACUGUAGCUGGAACCAGCAGUGAUAUCAGAAUCAAAGAUACUUUGCCAAGCAGUACUAGCUUAGCCGAUAUACAAUAUGAAAAUGAGGAAUCCAAUACCGAUGACGGAAGAACUGAUAAAAUGUCUGAGGAUGAAGUAAAGAGUAUUCUGAUACAACUAGAGGAUUGGUCCAAAUUCGGAUCUCGUGGGAGCGAGGAUACACUGGCUCAAGGCAACGAAUUCGAAUUACCGAACCUCCCUUCAGAGGAUCACACAGAGACGAACGUAUCCGCCACCGGCAGUUACGUGUUUAAUGAAAUUAGCGAUAAACCUAAAAAAAUAAUCCUCGAUAACAUAAAGCUUAAAUGUAUCGUUCCGAAAGGUCAUGCACAGGCGGAAGAAAGUCCAGAGACGGUGACGAUAACGGACAGUUUGGAAAAGCUGGUCAUGAAUAAAAUAAACAAGCAGUGUAACUUGGUCCGGAGACACAAGUCGUCUAUGGACUUGAACGCUGAGCGUGGGGCUCGUCGGGACAGCGCGUGGGCGUCCUCCGUACAGAGCUGCCCCGAGUUGGCCGCCCACGACCACAGCGACCCUCGACACACCACUCCCUCUUCAGGAUCAACGCGGCGUGCGUCGGAGCGUGACCUGCCGGCGCGUCUUGCCGCGGAGCCUGUGAAGCCUAGCAAGAGUACACCCGCCUUGCACCACGCGCCGCCGCCUGCAGCCACCGCCGCCCCCGCCUCGCCCGCACACACUCAAGGAAUGUCUCUCAGUACCGGCGGCGGUGGCAGCGCGGGCUCGUGGGCUCACAAGUCCCGCAGUAGUCACAACCUGACCGCUCAGAACGACUCCUUCUACCAGAACCUCAGCUCCGUACAUGGACAUCAUCCGCUACAAGACAGAUGGUCUUCGCUUCGUAGUUCUUCGGGAAGUGGACGUCCCCAAUCUGCUCUUUUUUCAGCUACUAAUUCUGAACAAUCACCAGAGAGUGCAAAUGUAAUGCCCCCACAUCAACAUCAGGUCAACCAAUCAAACGCUGUGAAUGCUCGAGCCGCUAAGGUUGCAGAAUUCAUGGAUGAAGUGACCCGACGCACUCAACAACAACAGCAACCAUUACAACAACAACAAUAUCAGCAACAAUUGCAUCAUUUACAACAACAACAUCAGCAAUUACAUCAGCAACAACAACAUCAGCAUCAGCAAUUACAACACCAGCAACAGCAAUUGCAACACCAGCAACAGCAAAUCCAACAGAAAAACAAUGUCCUCUCACAAAUGCCUCAGAAUAACCAAGGGUCGCCUCACGUUCACGCGAACCAACAAGCCCAACUGAAUAUGCACGUGCAUGCGAUGCAGCAGAAUCAAAACGCUAUACAAAAUCAUGGACCCAUGCACGUGCACACUAAUACACAGCAAAUGCAAGGACAAAUGGUUGGAAACAUGCAAAGUAGCCCGGCUCCGAUACAGAGUCACGCCGGGCCCUACACACAACACUCACCACAACUACCGCAGGGAAUGCAUCUCAACAUGCAUCAAACACACGCGGUCGGACAGCAACCUCACCAACAGGGGUAUCACAACCAACACGGACAGUCGCAAAGAUACGAUUGGCACCCGCCGGGUCCCCCCUCUCCGCAGCGAUCACAACCGCCUGUAGCUCCCAAACCAGUGACUCAGGCAUCGAGAAGGACGGACACGGAGGGAGACGAUCACUAUCAACAACAACAACAAACUUUGAUGUCGAACAUACAACCGGACGACGAGCGGUAUGUAGCGAGCGCGUCCGAGCCGCCGGCGGUAUCGGUGUAUCCCGUAGGCGGCGCGGGCGGUGUGACGGGCGGCCGCUCACAACCUGCACACAACCCGUGGCAGAGGGAGGAGCGGGAGAGACAGGCUGAGGCACGACGAGCCGCCGCACGAGCCAGGAGAGACGCGGCUAUAGCUCAUUUAGUGUCGCUGGGCGCCGCGCGCACUCCCGUACAGAACCAACAGCUGCGGGCGCUGCAGCUGGAGAGAGACUUCGAGAGGCGAGCCACGCAACAUGAUGACGUCACCGGAGGAGAAGGAGGCGGUGAGGAAGAGAGUCCGUCGCCCGAACCUGAACCCCCGAAGGAGCCCGAGCGGGAGUCGCGCCAGCCCGCGCCGCCUAAGUCGAUCCUCAAGAGCAACCCGCGCAGCGACCUCACCAACGGAUACUCUUCACACACGCCCGCGUCAGAGGAGUCCCGUGUGUCAGAGGUGUCGAGCAGUAUGUCCGUCCUGUCUGUGUCUGGGAGUGUCUCGAGCCAGGCGCCGCCGCCCCCGGAGCGCGGGUCGUCGUUCGCGGUGAUGGCGGGCCGGCGGACGGACGCCGCCUACUCCUCACACACGACGCUCACCACGCUCACCACACACCAUCAUGACGCCACAGCGGCUCCACCUCCACAGUCACCAGUGGGCAGUAGUCGUGACAAGCGCGUGUCGUUCCACGAGCGAGCUACGCCGGGCGCGCCCCCCGCCCCGCCGGCCUCCUCCCCGCCGCCCCUGGAGCCGCCCGCACCCGCACACACGGUCACCACCACCACCACGACCACACAUGAAGACCCCGACCGCUUCAUCGAGGAGGCUGAGAGCAUGUUGUCUGGGCCGGUGUCCCCCGGCACGACGCAGACCGCGGCUCACACGCCCGGAGUUAUUGGAGCACAGGAAGUGUACAGGGAUCCUCGCACUCGUCGCCUGGCGGCGGAGGCGAUGGCCCGCGCGGCGGCGGCGCCGGUCCCCGAGCAGCUGUCCUUCAAGGAGAAGAUGAAGAUGUUCGCGCUCGAGUCAGGCGACCCCUCCACACCCAAGGAUAAGGUAAAGAUAUCGCGCGCCCAGCGGGAUAUAGAUGCGGUACAUUAA